UAUCCUGGGAUGGAUCUUUGUGCCCAUCUACAUUAGAGCUGGGAUCAUCACCAUGCCUGAGUACUUGAAGAAGAGGUUCGGAGGACAGCGCAUUCGCAUUUAUCUCUCUCUUCUCUCCCUUCUCUUGUAUGUCUUCACCAAAAUUUCAGCCGAUAUUUUGUCUGGUGCAAUUUUUAUCCAACAGGCACUUGGGUUGAAUAUCUACCUCGCUGUUAUUGCACUUCUGGCGAUUACGGCACUGUACACUGUCACAGGUGGACUGGCAGCAGUGAUCUACACGGACACUUUACAGACCUUUAUCAUGCUUAUUGGAUCAUUCAUUCUGAUGGGCUUUGCUUUUAAUGAAGUGAAGGGAUAUGAAAACUUUGAGAAACUCUACAUGCAAGCUGUCCCCUCAAUCACGGGUAACAUCAGUGCAAACUGCUAUGAGCCCCGGCCAGACUCCUUCCAUCUCUUCAGGGAUCCACUUACAGCAGACAUCCCAUGGCCUGGUCUCGUGUUUGGACUCACUAUUCAGGCUAUCUGGUACUUUUGUACUGAUCAGGUGAUUGUGCAGCGCUGCCUCUCUGCCAAGAGUCUCUCUCAUGUGAAAGGAGGUUGUAUCCUAUGUGGAUACCUGAAGAUACUGCCCAUGUUCCUCAUGGUUUUCCCCGGGAUGAUUAGCAGGAUCCUGUACACAGAUGUGGUAGCAUGUGUGGAUCCAGAUGAAUGUGAAAAACACUGUGGGACCAGGGUGGGCUGCAGCAACAUUGCUUAUCCGAAACUGGUCGUGGAACUCAUGCCUAAAGGCUUGCGAGGUCUUAUGCUGUCUGUGAUGCUGGCCUCUUUGAUGAGCUCCCUUACCUCUAUCUUCAACAGUGCCAGUACUCUCUUCACCAUGGACAUCUACACUAGAAUCCGUCGCUCUGCUAGUGAGAAGGAACUCAUGAUUGCUGGCAGAGUUUUUAUCUUGGCCCUGAUUGGUGUGAGCAUAGCAUGGAUUCCUAUGGUGCAGGGAUCCCAAAGUGGUCAACUCUUUGUCUACACUGAAUCCAUCACCAGUUACCUUGCCCCACCUGUUGCAGCUGUCUUCUUGCUUGCCAUUUUUUGCAAACGUGUCAAUGAAACUGGUGCAUUUUAUGGCCUCAUAAUUGGGCUGUGUAUGGGCUUGAGCAGGAUGAUUACAGAGUUUAUUUAUGGGACAGGUAGCUGUGCUAUCCCCAGUAACUGUCCCACUAUCAUAUGUGGAGUUCACUACCUUUACUUUGGGCUCAUUCUGUUUGUCAUCUCCGGCAUCGUCAUGCUGGCAGUGUCUCUCAUGACCAAACCUAUUGACGACAAACAUUUGUAUCGACUGUGCUGGAGCCUGAGGAACUGUACAGAGGAGAGGGUCGAUCUUGAGAUGGAUGAUUGGACUGAUAACCAAGAUUCCAACAGUGUGGACUCAGACGAUGAUAAGCCUGGCUUCUUGAAGAAAGCGGUGAUGUGCUUCUGCGGCCUGGAAACCAAAAAAGCCCCCAAGCUGACUAAAGAAGAGGAGGAAGAGCUGCAAAGGAAGCUGACAGACACCUCAGAGGUGCCUCUGUGGAGGAACGUAGUCAAUGUCAACGCCAUCAUCCUUCUGUGUGUGGCUGUGUUCUGUCAUGCCUAUUUUGGCUAAGAGAGCUUUUUUCAACUGCUCUCUGACUCUCUAAUUUAUACCUCUCUGACCUGUCUUCCCCAUGUGAUGUUUUGUGUAAUGUAUGUAUGGUCGAAGGGUAAGAUGGCGCCGCCAUUGCGUGCAAUAUGAAAUUUCCCCUUGUGGGACUAAUAAAGGUAUAUCAAUCAAUUAAUUUAUACAAAUUUAACAGACUGCUCAAUAGGCCUCAGCCCUAAAACCCUGUUUAAACCUUAUAUGUUUAGAGCACUGUGCUUGUCUUCAUCGCUUCUUGAUAUUUAAAUGUUUAAGUGAACCAGUAGACAGUACUGUAAUAAUACAGUGGUAUGCAAAAGUUUGGGGACCCUUGAUAAUUUUC